CUCGAGCGCGGCGACGCCGACCUCUCCGGCUUGCCGGGGAGGGCGGCGGGUGCGCACGGCGGCGGGGGCCCCGACGUCCCGUCUGCGCAGGGCCACACGCAGAUCUUUGGCGAGACGGCCGAGGCGCUGGCCCGGAUGUAUGGGCUGGAGAUGGUUGAGCCCGAGUAUUUCUUCACGCAGAGGAGUUGGGAUGAGCACGUCCGCGGGCUCGAGAGGGAGCGGCAGGGCAAGGGCGUCGGGUCGUGGAGUGCGGACGAAUAUCUGCCGCAGGGCACCGUCGGGGCUAUUGCGCUGGACGAGGACGGGGUCGUCUGCUGUGCCACGAGUACCGGCGGCAUGACGAACAAGCUUACGGGGCGCAUCGGCGACACACCGGUUGUCGGGGCGGGUUUCUGGGCCGAGGAGUGGGACGAAGAUGGUGACCCGACGGGCACUUCGAGGAGGGGGUGUGGCGCCGGGAGCACCGCGUGGGACAGGAUUGAGCAGGUCGCCAGGCGGGCGGGACCGGUCGUCGCGCUCUCGGAGAGUCUGAAAGGCCUCAUGACAGAUUGCUGGCCCACGCCCUUCGCCUACGCACCAAUGCUCGAGCAGCCAAGGCCGGAUCUGGUGGCGACGAGAUCGUUGGCGGUUUCGGGGACCGGUAAUGGCGACUCCUUCCUACGGAUCGCAGCGGCCCGUACGGUGGGCUCAAUCGCACGUUUUGCCACUGUUCCCAGUGGAGUCGCGCUGUCAAGGGUUGCCGGUCCUUCUGGCGACCUCCAGAAGAGUGCGGGGGAUCGAUGGGGCAGGACGGGGGAGGGCGAGGGCGGCAUGAUCGGGAUUGAAUGCGCCGUUGUGAGAGACGGCAACGGGCAUUGGGUCGAGACCAGAAGCGAGAUCCUCCAGGACUUCAACUGCGGGGGAAUGUUUCGAGCCUGGAUUGAUGACGAAGGCGAGCCCCAUGUUAGGAUAUGGCGGGAGGAGUGAUGUCUGUAGGCGUGAUGAGGUUCAGCCAUUUCUUUGCAGUGCCUGCAAGAGUUAGACAUAGACAAGCCGAAAAGCGACAUGCAAAGCCUCGAG